GGUUGGCACAACGAGUUGGCCGUGCUGUAGUUUAGCGCUGCUUCUUGUUCGAGAUGUUACCCGAUUCAGGAUUAUUGUGAACUAGAAAUAGAGAUUUAAAAAAAAAACAUAUUUAUAUAUAUAUUUAAUACCUACCUGGUCGUAAACAUGGAUUACAGGUAGGGAAAAAAUAUCCAGAGAAUUUCUUCCCAGUCCCCUGAUAUUGGGCUACUUCUUGGCUUUUUUUUCGGGGGCUCACUCUGGAAACUCCUUCGACAUUACGCUUUAAACAGCGCAUGAAAUCCACCGAGAUGUGGGGCAGAAACGAUUUCGAGGAUGGCCUGGAUAUCUAUAAAACAGGUUCCAGUGCGUCCUCUCCCGGGUGGGUGCCAGGCUGUGAGUCAGCAUGGCACGGCUCGUCCUCCAUCAGCAGCAGUAACCGCGCCAGGCGUCACAGCGCCGCCUCUGACAGCGCCGACACCGGAAUAGGAACGUCCUGCUCGGACAGCGUGGAAGACCACUCCAGCUCGAGCGGCACUCUGUCUUUCCAGCCGCUCCGCUCACAGGGCUCCAUCCCCACCGCACAUGUCAUGCCAUCUCCAUCCAGCUCCAAGCUCAGCGUGACCCAGUCGGUGCCCAGCAGCCCGUGGAACAGCAGCCAGCUCUCCUCCCCUGUCUCCAGCCCUCUGGACAUGAAGGACCCUCGUCCCGUGCGCCGCUGGUCCUCCCUCACCCGCCUGAGCGGCCAGGAGAAAAGCGUCAGGACGUCGUGUCACCCGGACGCCCACGGCUCACUGGACCGCAGCCUGCUCCGGGCCGACUCGUCUCCGCUUAAGCCUAGCACGCUGGAUCUGAGCUACAGUGCCUUACCCGAGAGCAGAGCCUCCCUCGUCAUGCCCAGGGGGCACUCGCUGGGGCACCAGGCUGUCGGAGGGUCACCCAUCCAGCCCAGCGUAAGGACUCAGAUGUGGCUGAGCGAGCAGAUGGAGUUCAGACCCGAGGGCGUGAGCACGUGGCUGAGCGAGCAGCAGCAACGAGACCGGAUGAGGCAAGAAACCGAGCUCUCUCAGAUGCUGGGUGGAGCUCCUCUGCCCGUGAACACGCUGGUGAAGAUAAAGGAAGGGCUGCUGAGACAGCGGGAGCUGGAGAUCGACAGGCAAAAGCAACAGAUCCUCCAGCUCCACGCCAGAAUCAGGGAAAACGAGUUAAGGGCACAGCAGGUCCUCCAGAACCAGAGAGGGCGCAGUGACGACACAUACGUACUGAAGUCAAAGGAGAGCCCGAUGGACAGCCCCGCGUCGUCUCUACACAGUCCUCAGCCUCCACUCUGCUGCGAGAACGGAGAGCUGGCACGCAGACUGACCUCAUCCGAGCUCGAAGUCAGCCACCUCAAACAGUUCCUCAAGCAGAACACCCAGAAAUACACAGAAGACAUCAAGAAGCUGGAGGAGAAGAUGAAGACACGUGAUCGCUACAUCAGCAGUCUAAAGAAGAAAUGUCAGCGAGAGCAGGAGCAGAAUCAGGAAAAGCAGCAACGCAUCGAGACUCUGGAGAAAUACCUGGCAGAUCUGCCCUCGCUGGACGAGGUGCACACGCAGGCUCAGCAGCUGGAGGAGGUGCAGGCGAAAGCGCAGACGCUGCAGGACACAGUGGCACAGCUGGAGAGGAACUUGGAGGAGAACCGAACUCGAAUCCAGGAGAAAGAUGCACUCAUCGAGAGACAGGCCAAGAGGGAGACAGAGCUAGUGGCUGCCGUGCAGAGUUUGCAGGAGAAGGUGGAGAAGUGUCUGGAGGACGGAGUGCGCUUGCCCAUGAUGGACCUGAAGCAGCUGGAAAGGGAGAACGCACGUCUCCUGGAACAGCAGUCUCACAACAGCACGCUGAUCGACAGCCAGAAGCAGCAGAUCGACAGACUCACCCUGGAGUUAACGGCACUGGAGAAGAGGCUGCAGAAGGAAAGAGCCAUCACACAGGAGCUCCAUAAGCAGCUCGUAGAGAGAGAAGAGGACCUGAAGACGUUGUCCAAGAGUGUCCAGCAGAAGCAGCAGCACGUGGAGAACGGCGCCGGGCUGCAGGAAGCCGGCUCUCUGCUAAAGGAAAUGUCUCUGUGUCUGCUGGACCUCAAGGCUCUGUGCAGCAUUCUCACCCAGAGAGCACAAGGCAAAGAACCCAACCUGGCACUGCUACUGGGCAUCAAAUCGAUGAGCUGCUCGUCCGAGGAGAGCGAGACGCCGCUGGUGGAGGACGGCCUGCGGGCCAAGCUGAUGGAGGUUCGUCAGCUGAGGGAGGACAUCGAUGAGCUGCGCACCAUCAUCUCUGACCGCUACGCGCAGGACAUGGGGGAGAACUGCGUGACGCAGUGAGCACCACCCCGGAAGGCCGAGCCGCUGCUCCACUCUCACCAACACAAAAGGGAAAAGAAUAAAUCCAGUCUGACUACUGAAUGUUGGACCAAGCUGUGAAUCGAGUUUACACCGUUCUUUGUAGCUCUGUGUUCAUCUCCACUUCUGAGAUCUUUUUAUUGCGUAUUUAUUGGGACUACAGGAAAGGCCAUUAGUCAUUACGCUGCCGUAUUUUCCAGACCUCUAAAUUCGAUCAGGCUCUACAUCGCUUUAUAUUGCUAGCGUACAAUAAAUGGCGUGGCAAUUUGGUGGUCACCAUGACGACCAGAUCAUGAAAAUCACUCCAUGCAUCGGCUGCAUUUAAAUAAGCGCACAAAUUUAAUGCCACUGCACAAAGGGCAAAAAAAAAAAAAAAAAAGUGGUCUCGUAAUCCAGAAAAUACGGAAAGCGAGCGAGGGGCAGUGAGGAGCUCACACUGCAGGUGUUCAGAAAUCACAGCAAUGCAAAAGGAGCUACACACACACACUGUGGAAAAGUGUGUGAAGUGGUUCAUGCUGCUCCAUCAAGUGCCUUGUGAUGUUCCAGCGCGUUCGCUGAUUGUUUUACGUCUCCAAAGCCCAAACCGUGACAGAUCCUCAGUCUCACCCAAAGACGUUCAUCUCCUCCAUCGUGUGCUGCUGGUCGCGGGUCGACACUGAAGCAGAUUGCUCUCAUUUACACACACACACACACAGUGGUGGUCCAAUGGUCUUCCAUUUAGCACCUUGUAUUUCAGUGUGACGAGCCUUUUAUUUUUUUCCUCCAUGUCAUGUGUGGUGAUGUUUUUCCCUUUUACUUGGAAUCCAUAUUACUGAUAAUCCAGGUUCAGUGAAAUCCUGGCAGGAUAAACGAAACCUUGGAGAAAAACUGUUUGUCCCUCCUGCAGUAGAUUUCUAGCCCUACACUAGUGUAAAGAUCAGGAGCUGUGUAGAAACUUCUACGAGUUCCCAGAGUGACGCACAUGAGAUUUUAUACUCGAGAGAAUAGCAGAGUUGUGUUACAGUAUAUACUUUUACCUAUAAACUACAAUGCAAAAAGUUACAAAAAAAAAAAUUAAUUCUCAGGUAUAUAAACUGGACAGUGUUAAGACUCCGCCCUUAAGGUGAAACCGCUUGGCUCUCUCAUUUCACAAAAGGGAUUUUAACUCAACAGGAGCAGUCUCGUCGUACAUAGGGAUCAUUUCCUUUUGUCCUCCGUUUCGACCCUGUAUAGGAAUAUUUCUUAUUCUCUGUAAUAUAUUCGGAAAAAGAAGAAACGACGCUCGGUCAUGACAACCUGCGCACAAACAUUUGCUGGACAAUGAAUGUUUCCGGGGUAUUUAUUUAUAAGUCGUUUCUUCUAAUGUAUCUAGCUAGCAAUAUUAGCUUUGUCGUAUUGUUUGCAUGUCAUGGGGGUUUAGUGGGGCUCCAGAUGGAGUUUGUGCAGGAACAAAAGAGGUCUCUGAAGCUGGUUGGACAUAUAAAAUGCUAUGCAACUUCAUAUUUACCAGCAUAGAAUUCAGCAGACAUUGCUUUCCUGUGCCUUUAUAAAUCUAUGCAGCAGAAUUAAGUGCGUGUGUGUAAAAAUCGGCAUGAUGAGUGAAGCCAUAGCCACAAACAAUGCAGAUUUCUACUCAGGUUAAGAGAUGAAAAACCUGAUGUGUGUGCGCAGACGCAGAGGAAGGCAGACGCAGACGCGUGGUUGUCAUGGCCGAUUGUGCUCACACUGUGCUGGAGGCCGCUGGUUGGCUUUACCGCGCCACAUCCACUCUCUCUUCGAUCUAAUCGGACUUUAAGCUUUUAGUUUUUCAGCUCGACUUUCCACAUGCCAAAGCUCUAUUUAUGUACAUUUACAGAAAGUAUUGACUCGUAUUUUUUCACGGAAAACACAAAAAUGGACAAAAAUAUUUGCUUUCCAUUUGUACAGAGAAUAAAGAAAGUAUUUUU